AUGCUGGAAGUUUCUGCUAACGGAGUGAUCGGCGGGACAAAGGUAACGCAACUCUGGACUGACCUAUUGCCAAUUUGUGUGGAUAUUACCCUGCCCGAAAACACCACCUACCAAAGGGCCUCCAAGUCGGAGUUUGCUGCUGAAUUCCACGAGGCCUGCUGCGACACCAUCGACGUCAUUCUGGAAGUGGCCAGGAGCCUGGCCGAAAAAUCGGCCAUGCCAGCCGGUGGUACCGACGCUCGAUUGCCGCCUACCAGGCGACCUCCCCUCUUUGUCCUUACUCCGGCUUUUAUGCUCUAUGCUUCCGCUCAAACGCUACCGGAGACUGCGGACGGGACUCAGGCCACGCGAGCAGUUAUCAGCCAUAUGAUGUUUUGGUUAGCCAACGCCAGUGAGCUGCUGAACUUCAUUAGAAAUGAUGAAGACCUUUUGAUGCAUGCGUCCAACGGCACCACAAAGAACUCCACCAGUUAUCGCCGGGAUGGCCCCUCGGUCUGCGAUGGAGUGAGCCUCCUGGAGCGUGCCAUCGACUUUACCUUUCACGAGCUUCAAAGGUUACUGCUAGAAUGCGUGGAACAACUGGUGCCUUCCAUUCUAUUUCCUGGCGAUUUUGAUCUACAGGAUGAUCUGCGGCUAGAUGAUCGUCCGAGGAAUUUCCUGUGGGACGCAGGGCCUAACCCAGAGGCCGGCGUUCAACGUCUGCUUCAAGCCCUUUCCUACUUGAUGUUGAGUUUGCGUCAGGCAUUCCAGCCCUUCCAUCGUCGAGUCCUCGAGCUGCGCGCUUUAAAUAGCAAGCGCAUCGAAUGGCUGUUGGCCCAUCUCGGCGACCCACCAGCUCUGCCGCAGGAAUGGGUCAACAGCAUCUUGAAGUCUGCGCGAGAGGAAUUAGAUGGGGAGCAAGUCUAUGCAAAUCGAUCUUCUCGAGGUCGGGAAAUCUUGGCCGUGAGAGAAGACCCAGAACUCAAACUACCCUUGCUUAUUCCACCAAGUGGUUACGCGGCCACCUCCGGUCUGAUCGGCGUUCCGGAGGGGUUCAUGGAGACCAUCGAACCGUUGGUACAGGAUGGCUACAUUCGCGUUCGCCGAAAUGAGGCCGCAUACGUCGCACCAGUAAAUGGCAAAUGGACUGGCCACUUGGUGGUUCAGGACACUCAAGAUCAUUCCAAGACAGUCGGUUUCGGAUCACCGUUGGAGAGAGGGGCGUCUCAGCAAAGCAUUAACGUCAUCUCAAGAGGACCUAGCAUUGGAAAUUUGAAACAUGAAAAGCUCAACCUUGAAAAGCUGGCGCAACGAGUCGGUGUAAAGCUGAGCUCCAUCGUUGAAAUGGUAUUAAAGAAAGGCAAUACCGGUCUCGGCCUCAGCAUCGUGGCGGCCAAGCCGGAAGGCAAUGCACCGUAUGGAAUCUAUGUUCGGCAGGUUGUCGUGGGUGGAGCAGCAGCUCGUGAUGGACGCCUGGAGACAGGCGAUCAGAUCCUAGCCGUACAGAACUGCCCCCUCAUUGACUGUGACCAGUCUGAAGCUGUUAAAAUGCUUGCCCACAAUUCCACCGAUCAGACCGGCGUCCAUAUGGUGGUUGCAAAACGAGCUGCUCAAGCACGGGGGAUCCUUAACUUGAUAAAUGCCGGGGAAGACCACGAUCGCUUAGACUACGAUGUCAGCGAUGAAGACGACAGUGACGACUCUGAAGACAGUGGACCACGUUUUGGAUCUCGGAUACUACCCAAAGGCGGUUCGCAGCCAAGGCGCUUUAAACAACAGGGCGCACAGUCGCAGCAGCAUCCUUUGUUGCAUUUUUCCAAGGUUUCCAGACACAAGAGCUUGGAAAUGCUGUCUUCGCGUCCAGGUGCUGUCUACAGCGGCCCACAAAGAGCUCCAAGGCAGGAGUCGGAGCCAUCCACUGAUGAUAUUUCAGAAGAAGGAAGUGAUCAUGUCUGGAGGCAAGAGGGCUCAGUGGAAUCGCUACUGAACCCAGACCACGUCGAUAGUGCUAAACGGAAAACUGAGAACUUGAAGAAAGUUGGGGUGGAACUACCCGUUACCAAGAGUCAGCUACAGCAAUUUAAUAUGCGAAGGCAGCAGAAUAACACCGACUCCGAGAGAACGGAUAGAAUGUCAAGUGACUCAAGUACUCACCAAAAACAAGGACAGAACGGAUGGCAAAAACCGAAACCGGCUGGCAUAGCUGAGGUCGGUAAAGAGGAAGAAGAGGAGGAGGAGACUAGCUCACCGGACUGGAGCGACUUUGCCAGGCACAAUGCUGAGGCCAGGUCGCGGGUACCCAACAAAGCUAGGGAGAAGGGGGACUCCCCGAGUCCACUUGACAGCGCCGGUGGUGCUGGAGGAGUAACUCCUCAGCCACUCCGAACUAAGCCAGCUAUAGCCCCCAAACCAAUGGUACGGCGGUCACGACAAAUGCAACCCAACGAAACCGAGCAGAAGAAGAAAGAAGAUGACGUCUAUAGCAUGCCUUCCGAUGAGGCCAUCUAUGCUCCAGCAGAGGAGUCUAGCACUACGGGGAGUGAAGAUCUGCUUAAUUCUCGCCAGCGCAUCGUCUCGGGUGGGCGAACCAAGGAGACUGAGACGCCGGCAGCAGCAGCAGCAGCAGCCGAGGAGUCACAAUCUGUUAAGACUGUAUCAGUCUCCGACAAAGCUUUACAGACUACCAAUGAGUGA